AUGACAGCCCAAGACCCGAAAUGCCCGUCUGGCGUGUUGUUGUUUCAACAUGGCAAGUACGAGAUCCUGAGUAACGGGUCUCUUUCAUUGACUCCUUUCGUUGUUGACGGCCGACAGCUGGUGUCGGAACCCUGUACCUCGGACACCGCUAAUUACAUGCGAUACAACCAGUCGGAGUUUUUCAAGAGUUUCGAUGUCCAAAUCGACGAGUAUCAUGGCCGUUACCGCUUGGAUCUCUUCCAGUUUGACGGCUCGCCUUUACCACCUCUUUACCUGGCAUACAAACCUCCCAUGAUGCUGCCUACCGAGACCAUGAACCCCACUGCUGCCGGUCAAGCCACGUCCACGAGCACGGUGCAAAAGGUCCGUCGAGCUCUGGAAAACAGAGGCAAAACCACUGCUGUUCGCAAGGACGUGCCCGAUCUCCGUGGCCUCUGGUGGAUCGGAGUGUCUCUCAUCUUCGUCGGUGCCACUGGUUGGUACUGUUUGUAA